AUGAAAAAGGAGGUUCCACGGGUCGAUAAAGACAACGUGGCCGAUAAGAAAGAGGAAUUUCAAAGCGUAGAUUAUGACGAAUUGUUAUCAAGCGCCGGAGAGUUCGGUCGCUAUCAGUUCCUACUCUUUAUAGCAACAUUUCCAACAAAUGUAUAUGGCGCGUUCUCAUAUUUCUCUCAGAUGUUCAUGACGGAAGCGUCUCCAAACCAUUGGUGCUGGAUUCCGGAAUUGGAAAAUUUAACUGAGAUCGACCGUAGGAAUCUUGCAAUCCCCGCUGAUCCUGAGUCACCAUUUAGAUAUUCUAGAUGUGCUGCGUAUGUCGCGAAUUGGAGUGAAGUCCUAAUUACCGGACAGAAACCAAAUUCCACGUGGGGCGUCCAAACCUGCCAACAUGGCUGGGAAUUCAAUAAGUCUGAGAUACCUUACCCAACUGUAUCGAGUGAGUUCGGUUGGGUGUGUGAUAAGGAUAGUUACCAGGCGACUGCUCAAUCGAUAUUUUUUAUGGGAUCGAUAGUUGGUGGAUUUCUGAUUGGCUGGAUAGCUGAUCGAUAUGGUAGAAUCCCAGCAAUCGUUUCAUGCAAUCUGAUUGGAUUUGUAGGUGGUGUCAUCAGUAUCUUUGCCACGGAUUUCCUUCAAUUCUCUGCAUGUCGAUUUCUAUUUGGAAUUUCAUAUGAUAAUUGCAUGAUGAUGAUGUACCUGCUGGUGCUGGAAUAUGUAGCACCAAAAUAUAGGACACUGGUAGCGAACUUGCCCCCAGCAAUAUUUUACACUUUAGCAGUAGUUACGCUACCUUGGAUAUCUUUGGCCUGUGGACAUUGGAAAACGAUUAGCUUAGCAACGAGUGUUCCAAUGCUGUUAGUUGUAAUAGCUCCGUUUAUUUUACCAGAAAGUCCCAGGUGGUUAUUAUCAAAAGGACGCGUCGACGAUGCUAUAAAUAAAAUUAAGAAUAUCAGCAAAGUUAACAAAAAGGAAGUUCCACAGGGUUUAAUAGAUCAGUUUAAAAAAACAAUCGAGAAUAACGAUAAACAAGAAAGUUACGGAAUCAUGACAAUCCUCAAGAACCCAAUGAUAAGAAAGGCGUUUAUCAGCCUUUGCGUUUUGUUUAUGUGUAGUAUGAUAAUUUUUGACGCGCUUAUUCGAACCAUCGGAGGUUUAGAGUUCGACUUCUUUCUCUCCUUCACGUUUGUGUCAAUGACUGAAUUUCCCUCGCUCCUUAUCUUGACAUUAAUAUUAGAUUUGACUGGUAGAAAGUGGCUGUCGAUUGUAUUUUUAGUAAACGUGUGUGUUUUUAGUGUAAUGUGUAUAUUUAUUGGUCAAGGUCUGCCGUCUGUUAUAUGUACUGUAAUUGCUAGGUUUUCUGUUAAUUUCGCCAUUAAUGCUACCCAACAAUGGGCUGCUGAAAUUCUACCAACGCCUGUUCGAGGAUCUGGAACAUCGAUUGUUCAUAUAUGUAGCUAUGUAUCGACUAUUAUAUCUCCAUAUAUUGUCUAUUCCGGGAAUUUUGUAACUUGGCUUCCUCACUUCAUCAUCGGAUGUACAGCGCUGUUGGGGGCAUCAUGUGCGUUCAUGUUACCGGAGACAGCUGGUAAAGAUAUACCACAUACAUUGAAGGACGCAGAGGAUCUCAUGAGUAAUCAAAAGGCGUUCGAUAUACCUUUCCUAAGGAAGAAAACUGAUGAACUGGCAGGUAACACAAAUGCUAGUUUUGAAAUGAAUUAG